AUGGCUACCCUAAACAUAUCCCCUAAUCAACAAGAAAGUACCAAUUCAAGACCUGAGGGUGGUCUUCAGCGCAAUACUGUUGCAAAAUUCAAAUCAUAUGUUCAACAACAAUCGAUCCCUCUUGUUACACCACCAAAAUCUACUAUUCAAAAACCACUAGCUAUCAUUCAACCAAUCCCUUCCAUGACUGUGACUUUGCUUCUAAGUCUCACUCCUUCUGAUGAAAGUGACUUACAAUCUCCUCACUCUAACACCUCUUCCUACACUGCUAGUGAAGUUCCAGACUAUUCACCGGUGAGAAAAACCCUUGUCGAUAAUGACAUGGAAGACCAAUUAUUGCACAAUGUGGCUUCUACCUUGGUCGAUGAUCAUCUUGCUCCUACUGACUCCCUUGUCGAUCCAAACCAUCCUUCAAAUGACGACAUUGAGAGGGAGUUAGCUGAAGAUGACCAUAACACUUUCCAUACUCAACAAACUCCACCUACUUUUCAAGUGGUGCAUUCCUCUAUUCUGUCAAUCAACCAAUGGCUCAUAUUGCCUCCAACAUACCACCUACACAUGACAAUACUCAAACCACUCAUAUGUCUCUUGAAGAAAUUGUCGCCCUAA